AUGAUGGCGCUCAUGCUGGCAACGUCCGCGACCGCUGCGUGGUGCACGGCAGACCAAGAUACGGAGAUCAACACCUUCUUGGCGGCCAACGUCUCGACCUCGUGCAAUGCAAGCAUGCCCAGCUGGUGGAGAUGGAUGACGUUCGCGGAUGGACUCGCCUACGAUCAAUACCUCAUGUGCCGGCCGCCAUGCAAGGACGACCUGCAGAACCUCACGAGCAGCAUUCCAAAUUGCACCGAUUACGCCGGAACUUACGCCAAGGUCGACCGACUAAAGCAGAUGUGCACCGACAUGACGCGUCCAACGACCAACGGCGGUGCGUGCACGACGGCCGACGCAAACUUGCUCGGCGGAUUGCUGCUCAAAGAACCGGUGUGGCUCAACUGCUCCAGUGUCAAGAACGCAGACUUGUACUCCCUUCGAGCUUACACCACCAAUGAGGCCAAGGCGCUGUGUGGGUCCACCACCUGCUCGGCCUUUAUCAACGCGAUGGCCAACUUGAUGCCCAGCUGCGUCGACACGUACGGGGUCAACACGAUGGACAAAUUCCGGUAUGAAUUUGGGUGUACGCCUGCAGCAGUCGGGGCCAAUUGCUCCAUGGUGGAUAUGGCGGUCAAGCGCGAUGCAUACGCCACGGGGCUUUGGUCCAACUGCACGACGAUGCUCGGGAGUACAGAUCCCGGAUAUAGUUGGACGCUCGAAGACCUUGAAUCUCUGCUCGACAAACUCGCUGACUCACCCGAAGACGUGCCAUCGGGCUUUUGCGCGUCGACCUGCCCAGCAAACUACUUGUCGAUGAGAAAGAAGCUUCCGUCAUGCACCUCUAUCGAGAGUGUCAAGAUACUUUCCGACCCAAGUCCUCUCUACCGCAUCUGCCCCAGCCUGAAGCCAGAGCCGACACCAACUCCACCACCCGCUCCGACGUCCUGCACGACAGACCAAGAGACGAAGAUCCGAGAAUUCUUGACGGCCAACGUCUCGACCUCGUGCAAUGCGAGCCGACCCAGCUGGAAGAGCUCGAUGACGUUCGCAGAUGGACUCUAUUUCGAUCAAUACCUCAUGUGCCAGCCGCCGUGCAAGGCCGACCUGCAGAACCUCACGAGCAGCAUUCCAGAGUGCGUCAAUGACCGCGGAACAUUCGCCCAGGUCGACCAACUAAAGCAGCUGUGCACCAACAUGACCCGUCCAACGACCAACGGCGGUGCGUGCACGACGGCGGACUCGAUCUUGUACCACGGAUUGCGGUUCGACGAACCGGUGUGGCUCAACUGCUCCAGUGGCAAGAACACAUACUUGGACGGACUUGAUGCCAACACCACUGAAAACGCCAAGGCACUGUGUGGGUCUGCCACCUGCUCGGCCUUUUUCAACUCGAUGGCCAAGGUGAUGCCUAACUGCGUCGACAAGUACGGAGGCAACACGAUGGACAAAUUCCGAUCUCUGGCUGGAUGCACGCCCGCAGCAGUCGGGGCCAAUUGCUCCAUGAUUGAUCAUGCGGUCAUGCACGGUGCCCGUGAUGCGAUCCUUUGGUUCAACUGCUCAACGUUUCUCAACAAUUCGUACUUGAAGACGUUCGGUGCCCUCGACGACACGGUCUCUUACAUGUAUGAAAACUUGCCGUCGGGCUUCUGCACGUCGACCUGCCCUGCAAACUACUUGUGGAUCAAGAAGACGCUUCCAUCCUGCACCUCUUAUGGCAUGAUGCUUUCCGACCCAAGUCCUCUCUACCGCAUCUGCCCCAGCCUGAAGCUAUCGCCGACGCCCGCCCCGACACCCGCUCCAGCUCUGACCUGCCCGCUUCCCGGCUCGUACCGUGCGACGGGAAUGCGCAUGGACCUUGCCACCUCUGGGGAUUUCACCGAGUCGCACGAUGGCAGCGGCAACACGUGCUCGACAACAGGAACGUAUGCGGUCUCGGGUCAAACCGCAACGUUCACCGUGUCGACCGUCUCGGGUGUCUGCGGCAGCGCCUUUACGGCCAACGCAAAGCUCUCGGGCCCCAUUUCAUUCUCCACCGACUGCAACCAACUCACACUCAACUACACGGGUACACCGUCGACGCUGCAGCGAGCGUCCAACGCAGAGACCGCGGCCACGAGUGCGAUGCUGCUUCUUGGUGUUUUCCUCGCGUCAGCGACGAUCGCGCCGCCGAUAUGGCGGCUUCUCGCGCACUACAAGCUGUGCAUGGCCGAGGCAGCAAUUACCGACGCCGACAUCCUCGCCUGGAUCGAGCGCGAGCUGGUGGAGACGACGCCAACGUCGAUCAAGGCGAUCGUGCAGCACUACCGCGUGCACCUCGUCAUGGACAUGCGCAUGUUGGCAACCACGGACACAGACUGGUAG